AUGGGUUUUCACUGUUCUCAUUCUACGGAUUUCCCGUUAUUGGAUACUUGGGGAAAUUAUCCAGCCAAAAAUUGCCGGCAACAUCAAAGAGGACGUGAUGUAGAUGUUGUAGCAACUAAAGAAUCUGGAACACCAUCCACACCAUCUUCAUCCUUUUCAUUUUGUCCGCUGCUAUCAUCCUCAUCGUACCAACAUUCAUCAUCUGGGAUCAGCUUGAACACAGCAGUUGCUGCUACAAGUACGUGUAAAACUUAUAAAAAUAAUGUUGAAAACAGUAAAUUUACGAGUACUGGUAAAUAUAAAAACAAUAACAAUAAUGAUGAUCGUCGUUGGAGAAAGCUUUUUUGUUACCCUUCAAUUCCUGUCUUCCCUUCAAAAACGAACAUACUACUGCCUCGACAACAUAUAACCCUCGGAUUUACUACUGUUUUGCUGUUUUUUGGAUUAGCACAGACAUUUGCAGAGGCCAAUUAUAGUAAUGGUGAGCUUCGGCAUGUGAUUUCCAACCGGACAGGAAACAUUUCAAGUCUUAUGUUCCCCUCUAUCAAAGGACCAUUUACAGAAAUUUGGUCUAUCCGAGCCCCUCAGAAUGGCACAGUAACCAUCAAUUUGAUCUACUUAAAUAUCAGUUCCGACCAAGAUGGCCAGUGUCGGACUUCCUACUUGGAGUUUGCUCCUGUACCACAUAAAAAAUUCUGCAGUUCUAGCUCCAGUAGCACCUACAUAUCCCAAAGAGACCAUGUAAUUGUUCGUUUUGUUACAAAUAGUACUGAAGGGCAGGGACAUGGCUUUGCUCUUGAGUACAUCACAGGACAUGUGCCAUCAAUUAGCCCUUGUGAGAAGAAUGAAUUUUCAUGUCGGAAUGGCAAGUGUAUCUUGAAUCAUUGGAAGUGUAAUAAAAGGGAUGAAUGUGGAGACAACAGUGAUGAAGAAAAUUGUAGCACAUCUAGUUCCAUUUGCAAAAAGGACAUCAGAGGUGUUGAAGGCAGUUUCAGGACACCCCAAAUCCCAUCUCUGUACAAUAAAAGCCUCAACUGUCAGUGGAGUGUGCAUGUGAGUGGACCAAGUGCCAGGGUACGACUGACCUUUCGGUUGUUGCUCUACAAGAAUGAUUCGGUCACUAUUUAUAAUGGCAAGGAUGCCACUGGUCGGGUGCUGAGAAAGUUCUCCCAUAAUAAUGCAAUUGGUAACAAGCUACUCAUAGAAUCAACAACAAAUGAUAUGUAUAUUGUCUACCACACAGACAGUUUGAAACCUGGCUGGGGUAUAAAUGCUAACUUCCAGCGACGAGGUAAGGAGAACUCUAUUCAAAGUUGUUAUCCUGGCCAGAUAAUGUGUGAAUUUGGUGAAGAUGCAUGUUAUUAUAGCCAUGAACACUGCGAUGGGAUAUGGAACUGUAAAAAACAUGGAGGAGAUGAAAGAGGAUGUGGUGCUUGUUCCUCCAAUACUUUCUCCUGUGGGACGUCCACUGGUCCUUGUUACACUGAACAGGAAAGGUGUGAUGGCAUUAGUAGAUGUUCCAAUUCUGCUGAUGAACUUCACUGCACUCCAGACAAAUGUGGCUUCAAUGGAACAUUCCUGUGCAAAAACAGUAGAUGCGUUUAUGAAAACUGGAAAUGUGACUACACAGAUGAUUGUGGGGAUAACAGUGAUGAAAUGAAUUGCCCAAGCAGUUCAAACCGUGUGAUUCUUGUUGCUGUAGUCGGAUCUCUCACCUGUGCUCUUUUGUUAGUCAUUGCGCUCGGCUUUACCUGCAAGCUUAAUUCAUUACGCCACCGUGAUAGACACCGCCUGCGCUUGACUGAGCCUGGAGGCCCCCUGACUCACUGGCAGUCAGAGUUCAUGCGCCGUCCUGCCCCUCCCUCAUACUGUGAAGCAAUGAUCACCUCCAUGCCAUUUGAAGAGGCCCAGCGUAUUUUCCAAGAACGGCGUCGACAUUCUAGACGCAGUAACAGAAAUCGGCACAGGUCAUCAAAUGGAGGCUCCCGGUCAUCAAGAAACUGUCUUGCAGAAAGCAGCCAAACUAUGGCUGAACUGACCGAGCAGACCCCAGCUACAUCAGUGACAGAGAGACCCAGCCCAGAUGAUGGCAGACAUGGUACACCUGAUGUACCGUUACUUACCGAUGGUCAAGAUGUAACUAUGAAUAGCACAAAUACAGAUUUUGAAAGGCAUAGGUCAACUGCAGCUCUUAUUCUGCCAAGUGACAGUGAAUCGGAAAUGGGAGAUGGAGUACAGGAGGGUGGGCAAAAUGGUCGGGGAGAGGGGCCAAAUGAGGGAGGAAGUGGAAAUGUUGGGGUAGGUAGUGGGAGCAGUCAAGAGAGUGGGAUUGGGAGGGGGGAAGGAGACCAGGACCAUGUCCAGUUCAGUUCAAACGACAUUACUGCCUGUUGGAGUCGACCAUCCCCGGUGAAAAGCUGCGGUGGAAUCCCUAGUGAACCACUUCUUCGAUUCACGGACACCAGUAGUCUGGGAACAGCCAGCGCCAUCUGUGAUAAUGAUAUGACCAACACCACCGAGCUUAGCAACAUUCUUCUUGGUACUGAUGAUGAUGAUAAAGGUUCUUUCUUUCUUUCUUCUCUCUCUCUCUCUAAAUCACUCUUUCCAAAUCUCUCUCUCUCUCUCUCUCUCUCUCCAAAUCACUCUUUCCAAAUCUCUCUCUCUCUCUCUCUAAAUCCUCUUUCCAAAUCUCUCUCUCUCUCUCUUUUUCCAAAUCUCUCUCUUUCUAAAUCUCUCUCUCUCUCUAAAUCUCUCUUUCCAAAUCUCUCUCUCUCUCUCUAA